CGACGCGAUGACAUAAAAGAGAAGCGGCAAAUCCGUAUUAAUAUAGGUAAUAUUUCUUCUGGUUAUCGGCAUUUCACCACUGAAACAAAUCAUUGACCCAAUUUACUUUCAUCCAAUUUAAAGCUUCAAACAACAACGACAACAACAACAACUUUGAUCCAUCAGCUACUUGUCGGGUGAACUCACCUUCAUCAUGUUGAUCGAUCCACUCAGCUCGUCGGCCAUCCUUCAGCAGAUGGCCGAUGCUUUACCUACUCAUCCCCAGGGCGACACCACAUCUGAUCUGAGUAGUUCUCACGAGGCCCUCGCCCUAUUCGCCCACGCUUGCAUGUCCUCCCUUGGAUGCCGUCUCCUUGGCUUCGAUGAAGACAAUAUUGAAGAGGCGCAGUGCCAUGAGAUAGCUCCAAGGCUCCCACCAAAUUGGAAUGCGUCAUUCAACACCUACGCAUUCGUCUAUGCCCACCAACAAUCAGCACUUCGCUUCGUCAUCAGAACUGAUCGCAUGGGCGGCAAAGCCGAAAUCCGCGGUCUAGGUAUUUGCGACGAACGCAUUGCACGCGUCGAAGUAACCAUCAAGGAUUUCAUCUCCAACGCGGCUCUUCCCGUCAGAAUUCCUAUCGACAGCGACGGCGCAGAAGAUCGUACCAACCUGCCGCAGGCUCUUCGGAACGUGUUUAUCUCGGACAGCCGCAUCCAGGAUCUGGCUAAUCUGAUCAAAGUCAACCUCAUCCAAAAGCUUCUUCCUUCUCUUCAGAAAGAAGGCUACGAGGAAUCGCCCGACGAUAGAGCGGCGCGAGACGACGCCGACGAAGCGGGUCGCAGACCCCCCAGACAGCCUGUCAUGCCGGAUCCGGAGCCUCAGCCGGCGCAGCCGUACCCCUUCAACGACCCCCUCAACCCACCGCCCCGCAACCCCGUCCCAGCUGGCGAUUUCCCACCCCCGGAUUUCGAAGACCCGUAUGACAUCAACCGGCUCAGGGACGACCUCCGGCGACAACCGAGCCGAAGCCCGUUUGGGAACAUUGGAGCCGACGAUCUGCACCCUCCCGGAUUAGGUCCGCACGAUCCGCUACGGCCGAGCUUGGGUAUUGGAGGGGACCUGCCGCGACGUGGUGGAGACCGAGGCAUGCAUCCGACUUUUGACGACCCCUUGUUCUUCGGAGGUCCCGGCGGUGGCGAAGGUGAAUUUGACCCUCAGGUGCCGCCGGGAGCACGCUAUGAUCCCCUAGGCCCCGGAGGUCUCCCGAGGUUGGGAGGUCGCAGGCCAGGGGGAGGAAACGGUCCGUUCGGCAGCGGGCUUGGUGGCUUUGGCGGGGGAGAUAUCAUUUAAUCCAAUGGGGGGCUUGGUGAGGCGUUUGGGAGAAGACUGGGAACUUGCACAAAUGGGAACUAACUGUAUUACUGGAUUGUACGAUUACAAGCCUUCACUAUCACUACUAAUAACUUCAAUGUGAAAUUAGGUAUUUAAAUGAAAAUGAGAGUCUACUAGGUUUAUUACGACCUUAUUAUGGCAUCAAGCUACCUACCAUAUCAAUAU